ACUUUUGUCUUUACACGGAUUGUUUACGGUAACGGUCAAAAUAAUGAGUGUUUACCUGGCUGUCUUCAUAGUUUUAUCCUUUAUGGUUUGGAUAAAAUGCAUUUACUAUCGACAUCGGAAAAAUGUUGUGAAGUCCUUGAAACACGUAAUGAACGUUUUACCAAACAGAGACACAAACGGUGCUGAUAUCAGAGCUCUGAUUGUAACUGCGCAUCCGGAUGAUGAAUGUAUGUUCUUCGCGCCAACGAUUAUACAACUCGUUGAAUUAAAUGCCAGCGUUCAUUUGCUGUGUUUAUCUGAAGGAAACUACUACAAUCAAGGAGCUCAGCGUAAACAAGAACUUCGCAAAAGCUGUGCCGUGUUGGGGAUACCAGACUCCAGAAUUGCCAUAGUAGACCAUAGAAAACUUCCAGACGAUCCGAAAGCAGAAUGGAGCGUCUCACUGGUCUCUUCUUUAAUUGUGAAUCACAUGAGAUCUCACUCCUUCAACAUGGUGCUGACCUUUGAUGGAAGCGGAGUGAGCGGCCAUGCCAAUCACACAGCCAUCUAUAAAGCUGUCAGCCAUCUUGCUUCCACUGGACAAGUACCCAAUGAAUGCUGUUUGCUCUCCCUGGUGACUGUUGGCCUCUUCAGGAAGUACAUCUCGUUCCUGGACAUUCUCUUCAGCUGGCUGCUGCCCUCGAGCCUCCGGUGUCUUGUAGGCUCCCAGGGCUACAGGCAGGCGACAGAUGCCAUGCUUUGUCACCGCACCCAACUCCUGUGGUUUCGUUACCUCUACAUCAUCUUGUCUCGAUACUUGUUCGUCAAUACAUUCCAUAUCAUCCCACAAGGUCCAAAGAACCUAAAGAUCUAUUGAGUUAUGAGAUAAACUGAUGCACUGAUUGUCCCGCUGCCUAACUACUCCAUUACUGUGGAGGGAAUUUAGUUUACAAAUCUGAUUAGCUGUUUUGCUCACUGUAAAUAAAAGGUUUAUUCAGUACUUUAUUAGCUAAGGUAGCCUGGGAGUUUUUUUUCCAUAAAAAAUGCUGAUUAUAAUUUUGAAAUAAAAAAACUUCUUUUUGCUACAUAAACAUCUUUAUUGUCAAUACACUGUAUAAACAACACUAAGGUUUGAAUUUGAGUUUUUCAUCUUAUAUUGUCAAAGAUUUUUCUGUUGUACUGCUGAUUAAAAAAAAAAGCUUGAUUCUUAAA